AUGUCAUCAGCUGCGUUAAGCCCGGUUCGUAGCGAGCCAUUGAUAAUGCCUCUAGUUCAUGCGAAUUCUUGUUCGGAUUUAUACCCAGACGAGACCAUUUUGAUUUACCUAACACUUCCUGGUUCUGUGAUACCAAUGCGAGUGCUUGAAUCUGAUUCGAUUGAAUCUGUUAAGCUUCGGAUUCAGUCUUAUCGUGGGUUUGUAGUGAGGAAUCAGAAACUUGUUUUCGGAGGUCGAGAGCUAGCUAGGAGCAAUUCCAAUAUGCGUGAUUACGGUGUCACUGAUGGGAACGUUCUUCAUUUGGUUGUCAAGCUCUCUGAUCUUCAGGUUCUUGAUGUUAAGACCUCCUGUGGGAAAAACUGUAGGUUUCAUGUUGAGAGAGGGAGGAACAUUGGUUAUGUGAAGAAGCAGAUUUCGAGAAAGCGUGGGGAGUUCGUUGAUCCUGAUGAGCAGGAGAUACUUUACGAAGGGGAGAAGUUGGAAGACCAGAGUCUUAUUAAUGAUAUUUGCAGGAACGAUGACUCGGUUUUGCAUCUGCUUGUUCGGAGAUCUGCUAAAGUUCGUGCUAAGCCUGUCGAGAAGAACUUUGAAUUGUCUAUUGUUGCACCGCAAGCAAAUGAUAAGAGAGGUUGCGAAGCUGGUAGCAUUGUGACGCCAAGGAAGCCUUCCGGUGACCCCUCUUUGGAGCCGCUCGUGAUUAAUCCAAAGGCAAAAUUACCUCUGGUGGUUGAUGCUAUGAUUAAGUCUGCUUCUGAUGGACUUAGAAGUGGGAAUCCUCCAGUGAGGUCAAGAGAGGGUACGGGAGGAGCUUAUUUCAUGCAGGGUUCAUCGGGAAACAAAUUUGUUGGUGUAUUUAAGCCAAUCGAUGAGGAGCCAAUGGCUGAAAACAAUCCACAGGGAUUACCACUUUCGCCAAGCGGCGAAGGUUUGAAGAAAGGAACAAAGGUUGGAGAAGGUGCGUUAAGGGAAGUUGCUGCUUACAUUUUGGAUCAUCCCAAAAGUGGAAACCGAUCUAUGUCUGGUGAAGAGAGAGGUUUCGCCUGUGUACCACCCACGGCUAUGAUUGAGUGUGUGCAUCCCGGGUUUAAUCAUCCCAAAGGAAUCAAAACCAAGAUUGGGUCACUUCAGAUGUUUACCGAGAACGAUGGCAGCUGUGAAGAUAUGGGUCCAGCUUCAUUUCCAGUGGAGGAAGUUCAUAAGAUCUCCGUGCUGGAUAUUAGACUGGCAAACGCAGAUAGGCAUGGUGGGAACAUUUUAAUGAGCAAGGACGAAAACGGCAAGACUGUUUUGGUUCCAAUUGACCAUGGUUACUGUUUGCCUGAAAGCUUUGAGGAUUGCACGUUCGAGUGGCUAUAUUGGCCACAAGCCCGAAAACCAUACUCUCCGGAGACACUGGACUACAUCAGAUCGCUGGAUGCAGAUCAAGAUAUCGAUCUCCUGAAGUUCCAUGGAUGGAAAAUGCCAUUGGAAGCUGCUCGAACGCUCAGAAUCUCAACGAUGCUUCUUAAGAAAGGAGUAGAAAGAGGACUAACAGCGUUUGAGAUUGGGAACAUAAUGUGCAGAGAAACACUAAACGAUAAAUCUCUGUUGGAGGAAAUGGUAGAGGAAGCUCAAGAAGCAGUGCUUCCAGGGACGAGCGAAGCUACAUUCCUGGAAGCCUUAUCUAAUGUGAUGGAUUACCAUCUCGAUGAAGUGGUUCGCGGUCAGGAACACUAG